AUGUCUUUAUCGGUCAAUAAUGGUAUAACAAAACAUUCAGUUAAUGGAAAUUAUUUAUUACCAUCAACAUUACCAGAAUCAACUGACGAAGAAGACUUAUCGAAACCACCUCGUCGAAUGAGUAUUCUUCAAUCAGACAAAGCUUUACGUGAUCAUGAUAGUAAACUAAUCUAUACUGAACGUGUUGGAGCAAUUUCUCAUUGUUAUGAAGAAAUUUUGAAUAAUCUUGGGGAAGAUAUUCAUCGACAAGGUUUAUUAAAAACACCAAAACGAGCAGCAGAAGCAAUUCUCUUCUUUACUAAAGGAUAUGAACAAGCAGUUUCAGAUGUUGUUAAAAUUUUGAAUAGUCUUGGGGAAGAUAUUCAUCGACAAGGUUUAUUAAAAACACCAAAACGAGCAGCAGAAGCAAUUCUCUUCUUUACUAAAGGAUAUGAACAAGCAGUUUCAGAUGUUGUUAGUGAUGCUGUUUUUGAUGAAGAAUGUGAUAAUAUGGUUGUGAUCAAAGAUAUUGAUAUAUUUUCGUUAUGUGAACAUCACUUAGUUCCUUUUUUUGGUAAAGUUUCAGUUGGAUAUUUACCGAACAAAAAAGUUAUUGGUUUAAGUAAAGUUGCAAGAAUUGUUGAAGUAUUUAGUCGCCGUCUUCAAGUUCAAGAACGAUUAACUCGGGAAAUUGCUGAAGCAAUAAAAGAAGCAAUCAAUCCUCAUGGUGUCGGUGUUAUUGUUGAAUGCGUCCAUAUGUGUAUGGUAAUGAGAGGUGCACAGAAAGUUAAUUCACGAACAAUAACUUCUGCAAUGAUCGGUGUUUUUCAAGAAGAUGUUAAAACAAGAGAAGAAUUUGUGUCACUUACAAGAUCAAAAUAG